UCCCUUCGCUACACUAAUCAUUCCAACACGGAGUGCGUAGUGUCAGCAUCUCUGCCGUCGCACGCCCAUCACUCAUGGUCACCAUCCCUUGUCUUCCUUAUUUUCCACCUUUCUUUUGACGGUUUGACAUGCUUGAUCAGGUUAUAUAUUCCACUAGAUUCACGGAUUUUUUAACCAACCGGGUGGAAAAUAUUUUUUCUUCAGGAUUUUGCGUUGCGCGUCUUUAUUUUUGCUAAGGUCCUAUCGUCACCUGUGUUUAUUCUACAACAUUUAUUGAUUGCCAUCGUGGUUGGUCGUCUGUGUAACCGUUUCUCAGACGUAGCAAAGGAUUAAGUUACUGCUGGUGGCGGAUUAUUUUAUUGGCUCCCUCUUGUCACGAUUAGUCUUCGGCCUUUAUCUUUUCCAAUUAAGGUUUCCUGAAAUCGAGUUAUGUCUUUCCGAAGAGGAGUGGUCAGACAGAGCAAGUUUAGACAUGUCUUUGCCCAAGCUUGGAAGGCAGAGCACUGCAUUGAUGAUGUCCGAGUAUCCCGUGUCACAUGGGACGGGCCCCUCUGUGCUGUGAACCCCAAAUUCACUGCAGUCAUCAUUGAAUCUGGUGGAGGAGGGGCCUUCCUCGUUUUGCCUCUCAACAAGAGUGGCAGGAUUGACCAGGCCACGCCCACAGUGUGUGGCCACGCGGCGCCUGUGCUGGAUGUCCAGUGGUGUCCCCAUGACGACAACGUCAUUGCCAGCGGUUCGGAGGACUGCACUGUCAAGGUGUGGCAGAUCCCCGACGGAGGUCUGACCGGACCGAUGACGGACCCCGUGGCGACGCUGGAGGCACACAGCAAACGAGUGGGGAUCCUGGCCUGGCACCCGACAGCUUUCAACAUCCUCCUGACUGCAGGCUGCGACAACCUGGUGUGCGUGUGGGACGUGGGCACGGGGGAACUGGUGUACCAGAUAGCCGAUGCCCACCCCGACCUGAUCUACAGCGUCAGCUGGAACAGAGAUGGCAGCGCCAUCUGCACCGUGUGCAAGGACAAGGCGCUGCGCGUCAUCGACCCACGCCGGGGCACCGUCCUUAAGGUCAAAGAGAAGGUCCACGAAGGCACGAGGCCCAUGAGGGCGGUGUUCCUGUCUGACGGCAAGAUCCUGACCACGGGCUUCAGUCGCAUGAGUGAGAGGCAGCUGGCCUUGUGGGACACGAGGGAUAUGUCCGAGCCCAUGGCUGUGCAGGAGAUGGACACGAGUAAUGGUGUUCUCCUCCCCUACUAUGACCCGGACACCAACAUGGUGUACCUGUGUGGAAAGGGGGACUGCACCAUCCGGUAUUUUGAGGUGACGGACGAGUCGCCCUAUGUCCACUUCCUCAGCCUGUACAGCAGUAAAGAGCCCCAGCGAGGAGCAGGUUUUCUCAGCAAACGGGGCGUGGAUGUCAACAAGUGUGAGAUCGCCAGGUUCUACAAACUGCAUGAAAGGAAAGUGGAGCCCAUUUCCAUGACAGUACCACGGAAGUCAGACCUGUUCCAGGGGGACCUGUACCCGAACACGGCCAGCGUGGAGCCCUCCCUUCUGGCCGAGGACUGGAUCGCCGGGCAGGACGCGCCGCCUCUGCUUGUCUCGUUAAGUGGGGGCUACGCCGGCGCCCCCUCCAAAAACAGGGACACCCUAAGGAACCGGCCCAAGCUGCUGUCGCAGGGCUCCGGGACGGAUUCUCCCCCAGCUCCCCGACAGACAGCCACACCAACAGGCGUGGCCAUUGAGACUGAGAGCGAGGGGGUCAUGCCCCAGAGGGUCACCCAAGGAGAAGGAGGGAGCGAUGGGGUGAAAAGAGAGGACGAUGUGCUGAGCGAGGUGCUAGCGGAGGUGAAGGCCCUCCGUUCCGUUGUCUUGGCCCAGGGCCAGAGGAUCGAGCUGUUGGAGAGGCAGCUGGCCCGCAUCGAAGACGGGGACGUCUGAUUGGCUGAAGGGCUUCACCACUACACCUAAAGGGCAUUCCUACAGAAACUCAAUAGACCAUAGCCUUACUAGAAUCAGUAACAGUACCUUAAGCUGUGUGCGUGUGCAAGUGGGAGGAUGUAGUGAGGUGUAGCUCAGUGACUAACUAUGUGAAUCACAGCGGGGUCAGGAACCAGGUAAACUAUAACAGUCAGGGUCUUCAGAGACCAAUUGGAUUCUGUGGGGGGGGGACUCUCAAGUGUACUUUUCUUCUUUCCUCGCGUCCUCUGACCUUCUCAUCCAGUGCAAGGAAACAAGGGAGAGGGAGGACACGAGGCGGGACGAAAAACAUUUGAGAUCCUCCCUUGCAAUGCUAGAAGUGCUUCAAUUAGAUAGUGGGUGAAGUAGGAUGAAGGGAGAUCCGCUGAGGAUUUCCGUUCCGCAGUAUGAUAUUGUUAGCGUUUUUUUAUGAAGAAAUAACCAGAGUGACACUAUUUGAAGGCGUGUGCAUUUAAGUAACUGUGCAUAAAACCUUAAGAAAUGCAGACUUAUUUGUAGCCUACUCACACAUCCUUACGACACACAGUAUAGUCCGGGACAAAGAUCUGUACUGUUGACUUGUCCCCGUUGUUAAAAUGGCACGUCUUUGAGUGUUUUGUGUCUGUGUAAUACGCCCUGUAUAAGUGUUGCCUAAUAAAUUGGCGGAUCAUUUACAGUCACUGUGUUAAUCGAAGCACUGACUUGAGUGAUCAGGUAGUUACAGCUGCUGUCAUAUCAAAUGUAAUACUCAAUUUUCUGAAUACUUAUACAUGCAUUGCUUUAUACAAAAAAAAAAUAUGAACUCCAUCAUAAUAAUCUUUAUCCCUAAAAUAGCCGAAGACAUAAAAUCAGACCAUUGGUGUUGUCGAUGUAAUGCUAAUAUUGCAAAACUGUCUACAAAACUGCACUAGUUCAAUGCGAAUUGGAUACUUUGUGUUGAGGUUCAUAUGGCGCCUAUAUUGAUAUGUAAAGACAAAUCAAGACAUCAUGAUCCAAAUAUGUUGAUAUUGAUAUGAAGUGCUUUUUCUUAAAAACGAAUGGACGUUUGCUGAAGGUAUCUUCUAAAUGAUUCCUGUCAUGUAUGUGAAUUGUUAAUCAUUUAGGAGAUCUUUGUUUUUCUUUUUUUUUAGGUGACGCUUAAUUUGCACUCUCAUACUUAAACGUUUUCUUAGGUGAAUGAUUCUCCUGACUGACAAGAUGCAGUAUAAUAACAAAGUGGUAUAAACUCUAAAGAAAGCUUAUAACAGUUUAAUUGAACGGAGUUUAAUUGAAAGCAUUACCUCAAAUGAUGGGUUCUGAGUAGAGCAAAGUUGACACCAUUCCAUUAAAUCCAUAGCAGUUGUCAUGAGGAAUGUUAUGAGAUGAAGAAAAAAAGAGUUGCAAUGAAAUUAGUGACUCAUUUUAUUAUUAUUUUUUGUACUAUGCGAAUGAUGUAAUUGAAGUUAGUAGACUCCAAUAGAAUUGUGUACUAAUAUAGCAUCUGUUGUGUUUCUAUUUGAAGAUUAGACAAAAGGGAGCUUUUCGUGGUCCAUAGUUAGCCAGCAGCGAAUCAGAGAUGUUACGUUCAGAAGUUGUCAUGUUUACUGUAUCUUCAGUUCUGUUCCCAGAUCUGUGUUAGGCUGCAUUUUUGUCAACAGAUAGUUUGUGCGAACAGAUCUGGGACCAAGCCAGUUCACAUCAGGCUCGCCAUAUAAUUUUUCUUGGUCAGUGUUUCUGUAUGUACUGCGGUGCUGCUGUGAACCGGUAGGUCGAUUUAAAAAAUGACACUCCACUGUGCGACUCUUCCAAUAAACAAUCCUUCUCCAUU